UCGACGAGGAGGAAUCGUGAAUACAUAAGAAGCAAGGGUCACCUUUCUGGCUUGUACUCGUUUAGACUCUUUAUAGCGAAACAAGCAGUAUUUCUUAGAGUGGAUGUGGUAUUAGUCGGUCUUCGGUAGCUUCUGUUUCCACUCAGCCCGCCUGCCAGGUAUAAUAUUGGGCGACAGAUGAGAGUGACAGUAGGGUGUUGUUAGCUGUUCGGUGAUAAUAAGAGAUAACCGGGGGCUGUCAGGCGCAGAUAAAACGGACAAUAACGGUUAAAACUGGAGGAUGUAGCGGCGACAGGCACUACUACUGAUCACUAUGGAUACGGUGCAUUGACCUACCGACGUGGGGACUAAACAUGCUUCUACAAGUGGACUUAAUCAACAACAAACCCAUCGACACCAUUUAUCACUAAUUUACUAAACAGGAACAUAGUUGUCUUUAUUUUUGUUGAGUUUGAAUCAACAGUUAAACUCGGACGAUGCGGCUUUUAAACCGCAUGUCAAGGUGCUCUCAUGGAGUAUCCAAAUUCAAGCUAGCACAGCCGAGGAUGUUAUGGCUGGAUCACCGGCAAACUCUCUCAGCUGCCCCCCGGAGGAAGAGGCAGUUUACCGGGGUCAAGUCCUCAGCCCACCCUGCCUUCCCUCUCUGCUCCCCGGGGCUCUUCAUGUCCGUCCUGCCCUGCAGUCCCCUCAGAGGUCUCUCCAUAUUCUCUCCACACACACGGACAGUCACACACACACUUGUUGCCUUUGCCAGCUCUUCGGCCACCUCCACGCCGACACCAGCCGGACAAGUGAAGACCCAGCCAGACACAGAGGGCGAACCGACUCCCACCACGGUCCCUCUGGAGGAUGUUAAAAGGAUUUUGAAACUUGCUCACCCGGAGAGAUGGAAACUGGCAGCUGCUCUUGGCUUCCUGACCAUAUCCAGUGGAGUAACCAUGUCAUCCCCAUUCCUCCUUGGCAAAGUGAUUGACACCAUUUAUACUGCUGGAGCAGACACAGAGGCAAUGACAGCCUCCCUGACAUCAUUAUGUAUCAUGCUGACGGGGGUGUUCCUCUGUGGUGGGGCUGCCAAUGCUGCCAGAGUCUACUUCAUGCAGACAUCAGGCCAAGAGAUUGUCCGUAAUCUCCGUAUCUCCGUCUUCUCCUCGAUCCUCAGACAGGAAGUGGCAUUUUUUGACAGGAAUAGGACCGGAGAGCUUAUCAACCGUCUCUCUGCUGACACGGCUGUGGUGGGCCGCUCGAUCACUGACAAUCUGUCCGACGGGCUGAGAGCCGUCGCCCAGGCAGCUGCUGGAGUCAGUAUGAUGUUCUAUGUCUCUCCCAGCCUUGCAAGCUUCGUGUUGUUGAUUGUUCCUCCUUUGGCUGGUCUUGCUGUGGUUUACGGCAGAUACCUUCGCUCCAUCUCCAAAAGCACACAGGAUGCACUCGCACAAGCCACACAGUUGGCAGAGGAGCGUAUUAGCAACAUGCGGACAGUCAGGGCAUUUGGGAAAGAGCUGUCCGAGGUCAACACAUACACAGAGAAGACAGACCAGGUCCUCUUGCUGGCCAGGAAGGAAGCUGUACUACGGGCUGGCUUUUUUGGAGUGACUGGGCUCAGUGGAAACAUCAUGAUCCUGUCAGUGCUGUACAAAGGAGGCCUGCUGAUGGCCAGCCAGCACAUGACUGUGGGGGAGCUGUCAGCCUUCCUCAUGUACACCUUCUGGGUGGGCAUCAGUAUUGCAGGUCUGAGUUCAUUCUACUCUGAGCUGAUGAAAGGAUUCGGAGCAGGAUCCAGACUGUGGGAGCUGCUGGACAGAAAACCAGAGUUUCCUCUUAAUGAGGGCCUCAUGCUCUCUGCAGACCAGCUGAAAGGUCGGUUGGAGUUCUCUGAUGUCUCCUUUGCCUACCCGACCCGUAGUGAGGCCCCUAUCUUCCAGAACCUCAAUCUGCUGGUCCCCGCUGGUAGCGUCAUGGCUGUGGUGGGACCCAGCGGCUCCGGAAAAUCCACCCUGGUCUCACUGCUGCUCCGGCUGUACGACUGCAACUCUGGUUCUAUAACAAUCGAUGGUCAUGACAUCAGAGAUCUGAAUCCCUAUUGGCUCAGGAGUCACAUUGGAACCGUCAGCCAGGAGCCUGUGCUGUUUUCCUACUCUAUAAGAGAUAAUAUAGCUUACGGUGCAGUGGACCCAAAAGCUGUGACCACAGAGGACGUAUACAGGGCAGCAAAAGCCGCCAACGCCUUCAAUUUCAUCCAGGCUUUCCCCAAUGGCUUUAACACUGUGGUGGGGGAGAAGGGAGUGCUGCUGUCAGGUGGUCAGAAGCAGAGGAUAGCCAUAGCCAGGGCUCUGCUCAAGAACCCUAAGAUCCUGCUGUUAGAUGAAGCUACCAGUGCAUUGGAUGCCGAGAAUGAGCUCCUGGUCCAGGAGGCGUUGGAGCGUCUGAUGGAAGGGAGGACAGUCGUGAUCAUCGCUCACCGUCUGUCCACCAUUCAGAACGCGAACGCCGUCGCUGUACUGGAUCAGCAGCGUAUCGCCGAGUGUGGCCAGCACGUAGAGCUGCUAAGCAACAGGCAAGGACUGUUCAGAAAACUGAUGGAGAAACAAGUGUUUAUACAGGAUGAACACAAACUCGCCCUUCGCUGAGACGACAGUGAGUACAGACCGGUAGAUGAGGAAGAGGGAGUUCACCAGGUGAGGUCCUUGCCUGGGACAAUAAGUGGCUUUGCUCUAGAAGCAACACGGGCAGAGGGGAAAAAAGGAUAUUGCCUGGAAUUAAUAGAGAUGGAUUAAAAAAAUGAAGAAAAGCCAAACUUUCCACAGGACCUCCGAUGCUCACUAGAGACAAAGAUGGAAAACCACUAAGAAACAUUUAAGGGAUCCUAAAUCUUACAUGCUGCAAGAGUCUUUUCACUGCUGAAAUAACUAUAGGAGAAAAGGAAACAGACAGAGUAAUUCACAGCAGAGACCUAAGAACUGAAACAUGCAUCAGCGUGCUAAAACACAUACAUCAUUUUGAAAAUAUAUAAAUCUACACUGAAAGAAGAGGUCUAAGUGGGAGAGAAGAAGGGACAUAAUGAAGACUCUCCUCACACAGGAAGCUCGUAAUCCACUUGUCAUUUAUCAAUCACUUUCACCAUAGUUUUGGGACAUACUUAGGACAUACAGUUGCUGAAUGUUAAUGUGACCGAUCUGACUUUCAUUCUCUCUGCUUUGGGACACUGUAGUCUGUUCUCACUUCAUGAUUUUCAAACCAAAAACAGUUCAGUGUCAUGUAUACAGAACUGUGUAGUGUGUAUGUGUCUACGUAUUAUUGAUUUUAAAACUUGAAGCUUACACUCAGAGCCUUUUGUAGUCAUAUUGUAGUUUAAACAAAAUAAAUGAAGAUCCAAUAUGAACUCUAUAAGGAUAUUAAUGUACGCACAUUCGCCAUGAACAACAUUAAGGAUUGUGCUCUCAAUUCCAGCAUGGUUAAGGCAGCAGUAGACUAACAGUCCACAUGUCCAUGGUGGCCUCUAAGAGAAAGUAGAUAACAGGAAGUGGUUAAAACAUUCUAAAUAUAACACACUUAAACUGAUAUUGAUUUUGUUUUUAGCUCGGCCUAUUCCAAAGGGCUAAGAUAUGUUUUGUUGCUGCCCCCGUCCAAAACAGUAUAUUGCAACACCCUAGUGCUGGUACUCCUGUAUUUCUACAAACAUACCAAUCCCAACUCUGUCUUAAAGUUGGUGUCUGAAAUAGUUAUCCAAACUGGGAACCUGUCGACUGCCAUCUACUGCAGGUCAUACAUGGACUUUGAAUAAGUACCUCAACAGCCCCUCUUCAAAAAAGCUAAACAAUCCCUUUUCAGCAACAGCCCUGAAACUGCUAAACUUCCCCGUCUUUAUAUGCCAAAAUAAAUCAGAUGUGCACAGUAACUUGAGAAAGGUCUGCUAAACUGCCUCUUUAUCUGGUAUACUUUUGCUGUUCUUGGGGGAGGGUGAGCACACAAGAGACAUGUUAUUAAAAUCAGAGGUGGUCUAUGUGCCAUAAUCCCCCCUCUCUUAACAAUUAUCUCCUUAUCUAAAGCCCCUAAUCCCUUCAUCUUUUAUUUUGUAUGGUAAUCCUAGUCAGCUUUCUUGGUCUAAUAUAUAAAUGGUGGAAAAACAGAAACCAACAUAAUAAAAACAUACUCAACAUACCCCGCGGCUCGGUGUUUACAGGAUGUGCACUUGGCCAGCAUUACAUUUUAUGUAAACAGCCCUCAAACCACGUACACGUUAGCCACAGCGUUGUCGAGCCAGCUAUAAUAUUUAGCUGGCUUAAAGGGCUUGACUCAGAAGUAAUGAUUCUCCUCAGUAAAUAUUUGCAUGUUAACAGCCCACUUCACCGCCCAGGGGGAGUCUGGCCGAGUGCUUAAAGUGCCCUACAGUUAUUGAAGUGACUGUAGGAUGGUAUUUUGAUGACCUCAAACCCCAUUAUCCCAUGAUCUAAUUCAUUUCUUUGAUGAAAUCUAAAUUAAAUUGUUAUUUUGGAUUGGAUUAUUAUUAAAGAUAAACAUCUCAAGGGUUAAUGGCACAGUGAAUACAAGCUGCUUUAUCUACAGAGUCUUCCCUUUUGAUCAUCUGCACCAUCCUUAAUAUGAGAAAAAACUUUUGCCUUCAAAAAAAGCCAUUAAGUGUGUAUUAUUGUUAAAUAACACAACAUCCAGACAGAACUUCCUAAAUCCGAGAGGAAGAUCCUCUCUGAUUCAAAGGAUACAAUUUGCUUAAAAAACAUCUCACUUCCUUCAGUUACAGUGUUUCCUGGUUGGGUUACCUGUGAGUUUAUUCGUUGUUUCAGGGCUCAAACUUUUUAUUUCCUAUUCUUUCACUCCAAUAACAAGACUGCCAAACGGUGUGGUCAUAUUUUCUUGUUUUUGACUGGGGUUAGACACGUGAAUCAUUGUGAACGUCACUUAAUUUUCACGAUUUGAAGGCAGUCAUGUGGCCUGAAAAUAUUCACACAAGGGAUAAAUGAAUACAUUGAUCAUUGUUAAUGAUCCAAUCGGUCAUAUAAAAGCAUACUACUGUGUGAUAGUGAUCGCUCUCUGGAUGUAUAAAUGUAGAGUUGUAUAUAUUUAUUACAGUGUACAGACUGUAAGGCAGCAGCAUGUGAUCUCUGUUACCUGUGGACAGUUUUCAUGUUUUUUGUUUUCUUUUAGCCAAGAUGCUUAUUAUUUCGCCUAAAAGUCAGGUAUUUCCUAUUUACUCCCAACAUGCAAGUCUUCUUUAAAUUAAACUAUAUUUUCAUAUGAUGCCUUGAUCAUUGUGUCUGAACAUCACAGAUCCAGACUUGUGUUGUGGUUCCUGUGGAAAUAUGUUUGUAAUAUCAACAUACCCUGCACUUGUAAUUAAAUUAAAAAAUAAGUCAUGCUGACAAAUCACUCCCUCUGUAAAGUAAACCCUGACAAUGCUUGAAAGCUUGUAAAUGAAUGAUGGAUCCAUGACGGUUUAAACAAUCACAGAAGACUCAAUGGUUGCUUUUUGAACUUGUAUAAGUUAUAAAUAAUACGUCCUAAAUGAUGUAUGAAAGAUUUUUGUAUUAUCGUGUUUGUAAAUUAUUAUAAUUCUAUGAAAAGGUGAAUAAAGUGAGAUAUUAAUAGUUUUAUUAAUGGAAA